AUGCUGGAAAUUUACACACGCGCCCAAACAGUGACACAAGGAGGGGAGGAAGGGAGGAGGGAGGAGGGGGGAGGGAGGGAGGCGACGAAGUACUUAGAGAGGAGACGCAUCAGUGGUGGAGGCAACAUCUCCUGGUUCCAGUCUGGCAGCACAGCGGGCAGCGCUUCCAUUUGUCUCCUCGCUUGUCUUAUUGUGACGAGGCGAUGUGGAUUUACAAGCUCAUCCUCGGACUCUGUGUCGUUUCUUGCUCCGGGCAAAAGAAAUGCACUGCAGGACUACCAGAAGUCUGAUGGCAUCCAGCUGGUUAUGUUGUCUUCUGAUGCCACCCACCUGACCAAAACUAAGAAGAUGAGCUUAUCCAGGUGUGCCAAGGCCUGCAGCCGCAACAGAAAAAUACCCUUCACCUGCAGAGCGUUCCUCUACGAUCAUAACAACAGGAAAUGCCAGUGGCUUUCAUUCGACAAUAACUCACCAGGAGCUCAAAGCCAUCAGAACGUCAACUACCAGCUGUAUCAGAAGAAAGAUUACGUGAGAGAGUGCAUUGUUGGGACAGGUCAGAGUUACAGGGGCCAAACGUCCGAGACAGUGAGUGGCAUCCGCUGCCAGGACUGGGCCUCUAAUAUUCCCCAUGAACACAAAUUCUCAUCUAAGAGGUUUAGGAAGUACGACCUCAGAAAAAACUACUGCCGCAACCCAGACAACUCCACUGUUGGUCCGUGGUGCUUUACCACCGACCCCAGGCCACACCUCAGGUACCAGGAGUGUGGUGUCCCGCAGUGUUCACAGGUUGAGUGUAUGAACUGUAAUGGGGAAGAUUACAGAGGACCCAUGGACCACACAGAUAGCAGAAAAGAAUGCCAGCGAUGGGACUUACAGGAACCACACAAACACCUGUUCGAUCCAAAGAGCUAUCCUGACAGAGGCUUAAAUGACAACUAUUGCCGGAACCCCAACGGACGCCACAGACCCUGGUGCUUUACCAUGGAUCCAAACACUCCCUGGGAGUACUGCAGCAUCAAAGUCUGUGAAACGCCUCCUAAAAGUAAUGUGAUAGAAACAACGCAGUGUUACCAGGGCAGAGGCGAGGGUUAUAGGGGUACGGUGGACAUGACGAAGGCCGGCCUAACCUGCCAACGAUGGGAUUCUCAGUAUCCCCACAACCACACAUUUAUACCUGAAGCCUACCCAUGCAAGGACCUAAGCGAGAACUACUGUCGGAAUCCAGAUGGUCAGGAAUUCCCCUGGUGCUUCACUACAGACCCAAGGGUCCGCAAAAUGUUCUGCACCAAUAUCCCUCAGUGUGGCAGCCAAACCAUUCCUGUCAACGAUUGCUAUGACGGCUUUGGAGAGAAUUACCAAGGAGAGCAGUCGAGGACUAGAUCAAACCUGCCCUGUGCUCCCUGGAGAGACCACAGCAACAGUGGUGAGAGGGGCAUGCUGACGGCCAGUCUGGAGGGAAACUACUGCAGGAAUCCGGAUAAAGACAAACACGGCCCCUGGUGUUUUGCUAAUAAUUCUGCAAUUCGCUGGGACUACUGCAACAUAUCACCUUGUGAUUCUUCUAAGAACACCAUACCAAUGGUCGAGCCAUCAUCUGUGGGAUGUUUUGUCCAUAAAAGCACCAGGAUUGUGGGAGGGGGUCAUGUUGGAAUAUCAGAUGGCAGCUGGAUGGUCAGCAUACAGAAAGGAUCCAUUCACUGGUGUGGUGGUUCACUGAUACGAGAGGAGUGGGUACUUACUGACAGACAGUGCUUCUCCUCCUGCGUUCCAGAUCUCAGUGAGUAUAGGGUGUGGCUGGGAGUCACAGACAUUCGAGAAGGUCCUCCUGACUGGUCCAAGGGACAAGAAGUCAGCAUAGCUAAUGUGGUAUGCGGGCCUGAUGGCUCCAGUUUAGCCCUGCUGCGGCUGUCAAAACCUGCACUUCCUGCUGACAACGUCCACACAAUUCAGCUGCCUUUGGCUGGAUGCUCCAUCCCAGAGGGAACAAUAUGUAAAAUGUAUGGAUGGGGAGAAACUAAAGGCACUGGUCAGGAUGACAUACUAAAAGCUGUGGACUUGCCCAUUGUGAGUAAUGCCAGGUGUAGAGAGUUGCACCGAGGGAACCUCCACAUCACCAACACCAAGAUCUGUGCAGGAGGGAAGAGGAAUGAGGGAGUGUGUGAGAGGGAUUAUGGCGGCCCUCUUGUGUGUCAGGAUGGUGACAUAAGAGUUAUUGUUGGCGUAAGUGUCCAUGGCAGAGGCUGUGCUCGGGCCAACCAGCCUGCCAUCUUCAUUAAUGUGCCCUUCUACGCACAAUGGAUCUACAAGGUCUUCAGACACUACCCUAACCCUGAUGCUGUGUAGACUCUAAAACAAAGAUAAAUCACAAUGGGGGGAUAAAUCAAAAGUCCAGCCUGUCUCCUUCAACUCCAACAUGGCAGUCAGGACACCUUUUUUUAUAGGUUUGUACACCUCUGUUGUCCGUAAAAUAUAAUUUGAGGAUCCGUGUAUGCUAAGUUGGAUGAUAACUGAUCAUUAGAAGAUCAUGGAAAACCUUUUAUCAGGAUUCUACUGUAAGAGUCACUGAUGGUGAUUAUGAAGAAAAAUGUGUAACUGUGUUCAUAUUUGUUGAGAAUAAUUGGAUGAUAUCUGAUCUACAAAAUGUGAAACAGUUUAUUUAUUUGUUUAUUUGUUUAUAACGGGACACAAGAAAGUACAUAAAGAAAUGUAAUGUCAAGGCAUUUUGUAUGACUUUUGAGUAUUUCCAAAAUUUGGCAAGCAAAUAUUUGUUCAAAAUGAUUGUGGAGCACAAUGGCAUCUAUGGAUGGAUGGCUCCCAUUCAUCCAUAGAUGUUUAACAGUCAUUUUAACAUCGAAACAUCACUUGUUUCAGAUGGUUUGGAAGGAUUUUAGCAUUGAAAACAAUGCCAUGAAUGUUGGUAAAAUAGGAUGGCACAAUAGUAACAUCAUCAAUUCCCCCCUCAAAUUUCCUCUUAUGCACUGUGGCUGUUUUGUAUUUUGCAAUCAGACUGAGUUAGUAGACAAUUGGAAAUAAAACACUUGAGAAACAAGUGUGAAAGAUGAUUCUAUACAGACUGAAUACUAAACAAGAUAAAACAGAUGCUUUUUAAAUUUGUUCAGAACAUAUAAACAAAAUUAGUUAAAUUAAUUUCUUAAUUUUCCUUGAAAAUGUUUGUGAAUACUUUAUACCUGGCAUUACUUGAAUUAUUUGAACACCAAAAGCAGUGGUUCAGCAGCUCUCUUUGUGGAGUACAUCAGUGAGCCACUUAGCCAACUAUCCAGUGGUAGGGCAACAUUAAGGCCACUCUUAAAAAGCGUCAGGUCUCUUCUGGGGCUUAAAUAAAGUGGUCCUUGGUGUAAAUAUUUUUUAAUGAGUGUAUUUGUGACACUCUUGAUCUAAUUUAGGUCUUAUAGAUCUAUUGCAGGAUUUUUUUGUGGGGAAAGCAUAUGAAAUAAAGUAUGCUUUCACAAUUCAGUCUUUCAGUCAGGUUUCUGUCUUGUAAAAAAGUCAAGAUCCAUUUUCAUUAUUGCAAUGUUAUCACAGUAUCACUGACUGUGUAAAUGAGAUGAUUUUUGAUUCUUGUGUAAAUACAAUGAAUGUGUGGUUAUCCAGCCUCCAUAGUAUUUGAAAAAAGGACAAAAAACUAAACCAUGUGAUUGAUGUUACACACAACUCUUGCUAUACAAAAAGUAAUAUUUUGAGUGUGAAAUAAUCGUGUGUGUGUGUGUUUAGCAUUUUUUCUGCAGUUGUUACUGCAUAUAAAAAUAAAUUACCAGAGAGAGAGUGUAUAUGUGUGAGUGCAUGCUUGAGCAGAGGGCUGAAUGAGUUAUCCCUGCUCCCAGACCUUGGCAUACCCCCAAUUCCGCCGUUCCACUCUGGAUAUUAAUGUCACAGAGUCUGUUGCUUCAAACUAUGUGAAAGGGACACUCUUUGUAACUGAAUUAUUUGUAAUGGGCUUCACUGUGAUGAUUUGAAUGGGCCUUAAAACAAAUGAACAGUUUUUUUUAACAGUGUAAAUUAUUGAGAUAGCUUUAUAUUAUAAUCCGAUUUUUUCUGUGUUUUUUUUCUUCUGAGUUUCUUCUGUGUGUGUGGUGUGUGCGUCAGUGUAUACCAACUGAACGAUGCUACAAGCUGCUAUAUUCUACAGGUUGUACAGUAUUGUACAGUAUUUUUCAUUAAAGUAACCUUAUCCAGUAUUCUUAAUAAUAAACCA